CGGGGAUGGAUGGUGGCCUUCUCUACCCCUCGCCCGCGCUGUCAGGGCAGAGAGAUGCGACUAGGGUAUCGGAAUCUGGAUUUGACUUGUGAUUCUGGCCAGAGUUCCAGGAUGGUUUGUUCUUGGGACCAGACUUGACCAAAAGUUGACCUGAUGAGUGUGUCAGCCUCUCCAGCUGCCAUGCUUCUCCGGAGGCUACGGCGACUCUCCUGGGGCAGCACCGCUGUCCAGCUCUUCAUCCUGACGGUGGUAACGUUUGGCCUGCUGGCUCCCCUGGCAUGCCACCGCCUUCUCCACUCGUACUUCUAUCUGCGCCACUGGCAUCUGAACCAAAUGAGCCAAGAGUUUCUGCAGCAAAGCCUGAAGGAGGGCGAGGCUGCCCUCCACUACUUUGAGGAGCUGCCUUCGGCCAAUGGCUCUGUGCCCAUUGUCUGGCAGGCCACACCCCGCCCCUGGCUGGUGAUCACCAUCAUCACUGUGGAUAGACAGCCCGGCUUCCACUACGUCUUGCAGGUGGUGUCCCAGUUUCACCGGCUCCUGCAACAGUGUGGCCCCCAGUGUGAGGGCCACCAGCUCUUCCUGUGCAAUGUAGAGCGCAGUGUGAGUCACAUGGAUGCCAAGCUGCUCUCCAAGUAUGUCCCCGUGGCCAACCGCUAUGAGGGCACUGAGGAUGAUUAUGGCGAUGACCCUUCGACCAACUCAUUUGAGAAAGAGAAGCAGGACUAUGUCUACUGCCUAGAAUCAUCGCUGCAGACUUACAAUCCAGACUACGUACUGAUGGUGGAAGAUGACGCCAUUCCCGAAGAGCAGAUCUUCCCAGUGUUGGAGCACCUCUUGCGGGCUCGCUUCUCAGAGCCCCACCUUCGAGAUGCGCUGUAUCUAAAGCUCUAUCACCCCGAGAGACUGCAGCACUACAUCAACCCAGAACCCAUGCGGAUCCUGGAGUGGGUUGGUGUGGGCAUGUUGCUAGGGCCCUUGCUAACCUGGAUAUACAUGAGGUUUGCCAGCCGUCCGGGGUUCAGCUGGCCUGUGAUGCUCUUCUUCUCCCUGUAUAGCAUGGGCUUGGUGGAACUGGUGGGCCGUCACUACUUCCUGGAACUGCGGCGCCUAAGUCCUUCCUUGUACAGCGUGGUUCCUGCCUCUCAGUGCUGCACCCCAGCCAUGCUCUUCCCUGCCCCUGCCGCCCGCCGGACCCUCACUUACUUGUCCCAAGUGUACUGCCACAAGGGCUUUGGCAAGGACAUGGCCUUGUAUUCAUUGUUGAGGGCCAAGGGAGAGCGGGCCUAUGUGGUAGAGCCAAACCUUGUGAAACACAUUGGACUCUUCUCCAGCCUCCGGUACAACUUUCAUCCCAGUCUGCUCUAGGGGAAAGAAAUGUCUUUCUGAACUUGGCCACUUCCUACAGAUUUGCCUAUCAAGCUCUUUAUUUAGACGUGGUUGCUUGCAGAACAUUGCAUUGUUUAAUGUUGUUAGGAAUAAAGGCACUGGCCUACCCGAGGGACACGUGUAAGUUAAGGGCCUUGACAUUGGUAACCCCUGGCAGGAGUGGCAGUUUGGCAUAGGUCUGAAGCCUUCUUUUCCUCCACAUAGCCACACUGCCUCAUGCAGUCUGCCCCACCCAACGAGGGUGCAUGGAAAUGCCAGUUACGUUCUCCACCACGUGUUUGUAAGCCCUGCCUUGUGAUAGAGCUUGUGACUGCCAGAAACCCUGUGCACAGUGAUAACUGACUGUUUUUAGGAUUUAAGGGUAGAAGUUGAUGAGAGGUGAGAUCCUUUUAAAUGGUCUUUCACAUUGGGAAUGAGAAUGUAUGUAUGUUUAAAUGUAUAUGCCCAGAGAAGUAAGACCAUGUUGACAUAUUCUAUUUGUUUCCUUGACCUGGUGAAAUAAAAGCUGAUAAAACUUGUGUGGUGCUGGGCGUCUUGG